AUGUAUAAGUUUACGUUAUUUAAUAAUACGUUUGUUGUGUUUCUUAUACUUUUGUUUGUAAUCGACUCAUUACAACGCGAAAUGACUUCUUUGGGAAGAAUACAAAAAAGUUUGUUGAAUCACGAUUUACAUACAACACAUAACUCUGAGUUAGAGUGCAAAGAAGAUUAUGUCAAGUGUGUUAAUGACAGCCGGUGUAUUCCAAAAUUUUUGUGGUGUAACGGAGAAAUAGAUUGCGCAGAUGGAAGUGACGAAGAAAUGUGCUCAUGUCUUGAUCAAAUUGAUAACAAUAAAAUUUGUGACGGCAGAUUUGAUUGUUUUGAUGGCGAAGAUGAACUUAAUUGUUUUGGGUGCGGUAAUAAUUCUUUCAGUUGUCUAGAUUGGACUAGACGUGAUCCUAAGGGGAUGUGUGUAUCCUUAUCACGAAGAUGUGACGGAGUAACUCAGUGUUCAAAUAAAAAAGAUGAGUUAGAUUGUAGUAUCCUCACACCAUCUCCUGUCAACCAUGAUACUGUGAUUAAUUACAAGUAUAAAGAUGGAUAUUUUUUCAAAAACUGGAAAGGCAAUUGGUACCCAGUCUGUCCGGAAACACAAACUUGGGCAUCUGACGCAUGUUUAGAAGGAACUGGAAGUCUUGCUUCCGAACCACCAACAAUUACAGUUAAUAUGAAUAUGAAGAAAGAAAAACGUAAUCUGGGGCCAUAUAUCGCGAUGAUGCCAUGGGGGCAGGUUAGAUUGCUCAACGAUUGUUUUGCUGAAAUAGCAUUUGUUUUGUGUACUAACCAGAAAAAAAUCUAA